GAAAGAAAACCCGACGCAGAGCAAUGAAAGAGUCGCCGCGGAUCGACGCAGCCGGCGGCGGCGGCGGCACUGAUCGAAUAUCUGAUCUUCCUUCUAAAGUAAUCCACAUUAUUCUUGACCGCCUCAACUCUCCAAUUCAGGCGGCGAGAACAAGCGCAUUGUCCAGAAGCUGGCUCCAAUUCUGGCGCUCGUACCCGGUGCUGGAAUUUCGCCACGAGGACUUCGCCGAUCGUCGGUGUGAUCUUGGGGAAAAGUUCAGCAGCUUCGCCGCCGCCUGGUCGAGGAGGCUUUCGGACCAUGACAACUACGGGAUGCCGUUGGACGUGUUCAGGAUCUCAUCGCCGCCCAAUCGCGAUUUCGCCGGCGAGGAACUCACCGCGCUGCUGGCGUCGGCAGCGGCGCUGGCCGUGAAUCAUACCCUAUCUCCCGUAGAGAUUGUAGUUGAAACGGACGGAUUCCAUGAUUUCCCAGAGGGAUUGCUUUCGAAUUGCAGUCGCACCGAGGUUCUGAAGCUGAGAGGUUGCAGAUUGGAUGAUGACGAUGGAUUCCGAAACCGCUCAGUUUCCUUCGACAGUCUUAGGGUUUUCCAUCUCCAGAACGUCAAGGUCGACGAAAGCGUCCUUCGCAGGUUCGUUGCCAAUGCCACACGUCUGGAAUCACUGCGUUUGGGAUCCCUCGUUGAAUUGGAAAGGCUGGAGAUCUCCGCCGACGGUAAUUUUCCGAACUUGAAAACCCUAAUCAUUGAGCAGCCGCAUUCCCUGAUUGAACUUAAGCUAGCUGCUGCCCCACUGCUAGAGACUCUGGACAUUAAACAUACAGGGCAAUGUAAGCUGAAAGUAGUAUCUUCAUCUUCAGCCCCUAGUCUCAAAGUGUUAGAAUUUAGUGACUCUAAGGGAUUGACAGGGUCUGAUCUUGAUGAGUUAAUUUCCAAGUUACCAUCUUUGGAGUCUCUGCAUUUUGUGAUCAAGGAUCCCAGCAGCAGCAGCAGCAGCUACAGAAUGGAUAAAAUAAGGAUUUCGAGUGAUAAGCUUCUGCAUUUCAGGAUCGACGAUUUCCACCCGAUCGAGGCACUGAAGGAGCUUGAGAUUGAUGCUCCCAAUCUGGUUAAUCUCUACUACUCCAGACGUGGCUCCGGGUUGCGAGGCAAAAUCAAUGUCCUUAAUGUGGCAUCGAAUUGCCAAUGCUUAGUUGAAGUGUUUGACAUUGAUUUUCGUCUACCCAUAACAUACGAAUGGUUUCUUGGAUUGAGGCAGUUUCUUACGGGAUUAAGUAAACUCCACACGGUCUUGAAGCUGGAUGGAGCUGGGUUCUUUAAGCAGGUGUCGUUCGACUUGAGCCAAGCUGAUUGCACUUACCCUCCUCCGGUUGUUCAACAUUUGCAAUUUGGGGAGAAUUCGGCAUACCAGGAUGGCCUGAAGGCGUGUGAUAACCUUCUUGAUGGCCUGUUCUGGGCUUGCCGUCCUAAGUUCGUGGGCAUAACUCAACGCCUUCCAAAACAACUGAAGUACAGCUUCUUAUUUUCAGAGGUAUGGAAACCCCCCCCAAAUGCCCUCUCGUCUCAUCUGACCACCAUAGUUUAGUUUAUUUCAUCAUAAUCUCUUAGAUUUCCCAUGUUACGAGUUCAUUAUAACUACGCUCUUACACCUAUCAAUACAGUACAUCUGCGGGAAGCUUAUGAAUGUCGAUCCUGGUAGCUGCUGCGGCAAUGGUACUUGUUGGCGACAUCAGUUGAAAGAUGUGAAGAUAAUGAAUGGUGUUUACGGGACUAGUGCUGGGAUGAUGGAGAUUUCAGAAGAUGUGUUCUUUUCCCUUGUAGAGCGUAAAGAAGUCCGGUAUAUGUUCACAUGGUAAUGGUGAUAUGUGAUUAUAGAGUAGUUUGCCUGACUAUAUAAACUUUUAGGUAGAUUUCAGAGUACUGUAAGUCUGUAACUAUAUCUGCUACAUUUUAGCUUGUGAAAAUGACUGCUUCAAGCGAAUUGCACCCGCUCGGGUUUUCUUGUUUUUCAAGCAAGAUGGCCGAAACUUAUCCUCAGAAGCUUUGACAAGAAAUGGAUUUGCAAGCGAUUCUGUUUACACAUUCACUAUUUCACCAUAUAAAUGUAUCUGUAA